ACCCAUUUUGUAGCUGCACCACAACCCGGAAGUUGUUCACUGAGAACAACGUUUGGUCCGUUUUCAUCCACCAGAACAUAAAUGAUGUUUUACUGCAGCAGCGGCGGCUCGGAGCCGCUCAGCGGGUCUAAAACUGAUAUUGUGAGAGGAAUCAUCACCGAGAAGCUGACCACGGCCGCCCAGGAGAUCUUCGCGGUGGUGGAGAGGAUCGUAACCGACUACGAGGCGGAGGCUUCGGGCUUCAGGCAGCAGGUGGACCGCCAGAGGAGGCAGCUGGAGCUCCUGCAGCCUCGGGUCACACCAAAGCCUAAAGAUGAGGAGGAAGCAGAGAGCCUGGACCUGCCGCCUGUGACCGAUGAGGAGGAGGGUGGUGGUGGUGAGGAGAACCCCCCCGCAGCUAAACUGGGAUCUUUCCACGAUGACAUGAAAGACCCAGAUUAUAUAAUCCCAUCCAGGUUGGAUUCUCCCAGAGGCCUCUCUGUCAGGAGGAGAGCCGGCAGACCUCGGAUCAGCGACACACAGAACCACGUAGACCUGAGGGUGUGUUUGCUGGAGGACUCUCAGAUCCAGGUGCUCUCUAAGACGGUGUUUAAGAAGACUCCGGUCCAGGACCUGAAGUGUCCUCGUGGUCUACAGGAGUCGGACUUCCUGGACCUCCUCCGGUCCUCCUUCCCUCAGCUGGCUGACGGAGAACCUUUUGACCUCUUCAUGACUGAUCAGAGCAGGAAGCUGCUGCCUCUGAGGGUCAAAGCUCUGACCCCAGAGGAGAUCUACUCCACCAUCAGGUCCACGGGGAAGUCCUCCCUCUACGUCCGCCUGAAGAACGGAGGCAGAGAGAGAGAAGAACCUCCAGGUUCUCCUAGAAGGUGCGACCGUCCAUCUGCUGAUGCUGAGCUCCGCAGCAGGUCGGGUUCUUCCGGAGUCCACUCUGUCCGGAGGAGACCCGGCAGACCUCGGAUCAGUGAGGAGCAGAACCACGUGGACCUGAGGGUGUGUUUGCUGCAGGACUCUCAGAUCCAGGUGCUCUCUAAGACGGUGUUUAAGAAGACUCCGGUCCAGGACCUGAAGUGUCCUCGUGGUCUACAGGAGUCGGACUUCCUGGACCUCCUCCGGUCCUCCUUCCCUCAGCUGGCUGACGGAGAACCUUUUGACCUCUUCAUGACUGAUCAGAGCAGGAAGCUGCUGCCUCUGAGGGUCAAAGCUCUGACCCCAGAGGAGAUCUACUCCACCAUCAGGUCCACGGGGAAGUCCUCCCUCUACGUCCGCCUGAAGAACGGAGGCAGAGAGAGAGAAGAACCUCCAGGUUCUCCUAGAAGGUGCGACCGUCCACCUGCUGAUGCUGAGCUCCGCAGCAGGUCGGGUUCUUCCGGAGUCCACUCUGUCAGGAGGAGACCCGGCAGACCUCGGAUCAGUGAGGAGCAGAACCACGUGGACCUGAGGGUGUGUUUGCUGCAGGACUCUCAGAUCCAGGUGCUCUCUAAGACGGUGUUUAAGAAGACUCCGGUCCAGGACCUGAAGUGUCCUCGUGGUCUACAGGAGUCGGACUUCCUGGACCUCCUCCGGUCCUCCUUCCCUCAGCUGGCUGACGGAGAACCUUUUGACCUCUUCAUGACUGAUCAGAGCAGGAAGCUGCUGCCUCUGAGGGUCAAAGCUCUGACCCCAGAGGAGAUCUACUCCACCAUCAGGUCCACGGGGAAGUCCUCCCUCUACGUCCGCCUGAAGAACGUAAAAGGAGCCGCCGACAAGGAGUCAGACGGCGUCGGUGACCGCACAGCGCCUGAGUCGAGCCCAGUGAGGAGCCCCAUCAGCAACAUAGGAGGGGAGGAGCUAUCCACGGAGGCUGAGAGUGACCUGGACUCCACCAACGAUGAUGACUGGAACCCUGGCGUGCACACGCGCCGGAAACCCGCCAGGAAGCGUGCUGAAGGUGGUGUGGAGGAGGCCGAGGAGCGUAGACUGUCCUGUAAGGUGUGUGGCGUCUGGUACCGGCUGCUGGGGUACCUGAUCAAACACACCUGGAGCCACGUGGAUGAGCAGCAGGCCGUCUGUGGAGUGUGUGGGCAGAAGUCCGAGUCUGCGGAGGAGCUAAAGGAGCACCUGAGGAAUCACCAGAAGCUUCACAGCUGCUCACACUGUGGGAAGACCUUCGUCUUCGCCUCCAGCCUCCAUCAGCACGCCUCCAAGCACACCGGAGACGGCACGUUCAAAUGCAACGUCUGCAACAAAACCUUAAGUAGCAGGGCGGUCCUGAGCAACCACCGCUGGGUCCACGUGAAGAACAAGCCACACCAAUGCGAGGUGUGCCACAAGUCGUUUGGUCUGAAGGCCCAGCUCUCCGUCCACAGAAAGAUCCACGCGGGCGGGAACAAGCACCACUGCGACAUCUGCAGCAAGGCCUUCAACGACCGCCGCGCCAUGACCCAGCACCGGCUGGUCCACUUAGGAGAACGACACUACAGCUGCAAAGUCUGUGGGAAGCGCUUCAAGCUCCACAACACGCUCAGGUCGCACGAAAAGACCCACUCGGUGCAAACGCAGUCGUUCCUCUGCCACGUCUGCUGCAAGACCUUCCUGUCGGAACAAAGACUCGUGGUUCACCUGAAGACCCACAGCAACGAGAAGCCGUUUGUGUGCGAGGUGUGCGCCAAGAGCUUCGCCUUCAAGGACGGCCUGAAGAGGCACAUGAAGGUCCACACCGGCGAGGCGCCGUACGAGUGCUUCGAGUGCGGACGCUGCUUCAAGUUCAAGUCGAAACUCAACGCCCACGUCUUUCUCCAUUCAGGCAUCAAGAAGUUUGUCUGCGGGGUCUGCGGGAAGGCCUUCUCUCGACGGGAAUACCUGAAGGUCCACAUGAGGACCCACAACGGGGAGAGACCCUACAAGUGUCCCAUCUGUGAGAAGGCCUUCACCCAGAGCCACUGUCUGAAAACGCACAUGAAGAGCCACCAGAAGGAGGAGCACUCCGACUCGGAUCCGUCCGAGUCCUGAGUGACUUCACCUCCUUGGAGACAAGAGACGACUCGAGCAGAGCAGUAAAACGGUUUAAUAACCAGUUUAAGUUAUCAGCAGCGUUUUCCCGUUGGUCUGAAACAGUUUGGUACCCGCUAAAUACUGGAACCCACCAAAAACACGUCCCCAUGGUAACACUGACAGGACGCGGCCCCUGAGGGCCACAUGAUGCAUAACCUCCCUCAUGGAGGAGUCAUGAGCAGGACCAACGUUUAGGGUGGUCUUGUAGUUUCGUGGUUGGGCUGAGGUUGUUGUCUGCUUCAGGGCAGCUCCAGCAGCUCGUGCUCGGCCAGGAUCCGUUGAGUUUGCGUGUGCACCAGCGUCAGGGCUUGGAUGAUGAUGCGUAGGAUGGGCGUGGCCUCCUGCUGCGUCUGCACACACACCAGCUUCAGGAAGUAGUCUCUUUCUGGCAGGGCGAGGAAAACGAUCUCUGCAGCCUGGCGGAGCAUCCAGGAGUGGUGGGGGGCCAGCGCCGCCCUGUAGGCAUCCCUAAAGACAAAACAAAGGUUCUCUGGUCUUCUCUGUUUGUAUUUGAUGUAAACUACAGCCCCCCAAGGUGCUUUACAACACAGCUCAUCAUCCACCCAUUCACUCACUGGUGCUGGUGAGCUACAUCAUGGCCGCACCGACACAGGCGAGGCACCCUCCCCCCACCAGCAGGUAAGUUGGGUGAAGCGUCUUGCCCAAGGACACGAGAACUAACGCAGACGAGGCUCGAACCUGCAACCCUUUGAUUACAGGGCCACCGUCUGCUGCCUGACCAGUCGGGUCCAAGUCUAAGGAGUGGGAGACUUGUGUAGUUGCCCGUGCUCCAUCAUUAGGAAUGUUCGUACGAACGCCCUGACGUGUGAAACGUGCUGUAGCCACCUGUACGUUCCUGCGUAAUCGUCUAAGUCCCACCUGUGUGUUCCGUUCAGUCAUUCGCACACGCCCCCAACUAACCAUAUAUGGUCACUCCACAGCCUCAGCUCCAGGGUUAGGGUUGGGUUCUUCUUUCCAGGACUAGAUCCUGAAACACUAAACUGGGUUUACACAUCCCACUAGAAUCAUCUCGUCCUGCUCUUAGUGGAUCUGGAGCCGAUCGCAGAUGGUGGAAGACCCGGUGGAGGCACCCACUCAGCUAAACGGGUCUCGUGUGCUUUAAUGAGGGUCUGAAGAUGUUUUUCUGUCUCCUCUGACCUCCUAAACAAGACCCCAUGUGGUCCCUGGCUGGCUAGACUAGAGGACUGGAACCAGUGCCUCGCUGGACUGCAGAUGCCGGUGACCAGUUGGAGUCCCUCUGAACUUGUUGAUGUUGGAACUAAAUAAACAUUUGAACAAG